AUGUUUGUUCUGGUAGUGCUGUCCACUGUAGUCUUCUUUGCUCAGGGCGACUUGCCCUACAAUGGAGGAGGUGAGCAGCAGUGCAGUGGUCGGGAAAGGCAAGAAAUGGGAGAACCGAUGGACAAAGGGGCUGUUGCGGAGCAGUUCGCCAAGGCUUACAUCGGCAUGACUUUAGCUGAGAUAAGGAAUAAUGCUCAAGUUCAACCGUGUUUUAAUCCCAGCAUUUGUGCUCAGCAAUGGUCGCGCCUCGGCAUCAAGCAUUUGAGAGAGGAAUAUUCUCCGUUAUCGCGCAAACAGUCUCGAUGA